AUGGUAUAUACAAGGGUUGGUGUUUGGAUACCUCAGUGCCCCCCAAAGAACUGGGAGGCUAGGUCGUGGUCUGGAGAUGGGAGACGGCCAUCAGGAGCACUCCAUGCAACUGGGGUUGCCUCUUGCGGCUCACUCGAUCGAGCUUGUGGCUCCUCUUCGAGUUGUGCUCGAGUUGACCAGCUCGUCUUCCCAAAACCUGCUCCUGUCUUUUGGAGCAUUCUGGAGCAUAUGGGACAUGAGGAGCAUGGAGGGACUUGGCACAUGGACGCAGCUCAACUGGAUACGCAAAGGAAGAAGGGAGAAGCCAUCUUGAAGACCAGCUCGACCGUCCACUCGACCAACCGGUCGAGUUCCUCAACUCGACCGGCCAAGCUUCAACUCGAUCGAGCUGAGAAGUCAAAGUCAAACCCGAAAAAUGUUGCUUCCCCCUUGACUUUCCUUUGA